AAUGGCCCAGGAUACAACAGUGUCUAAACUGGACUUCAAGUACUGGUUGGAUAAGGCUACUGAGUGGGGACAGGCCACCACUUUGGAAUCCCAGAAAGAUGUGUGCCGUCACUUGCCCCAGCUGCAGGAGUUUCUACAGCAGAUUUAUGAAACUUUAAAACAUAUGAAUUCAGUUGUGGCAAUCCAGCAAUUCCCUUUAAUUGGCCAGCUUCUAGGAAGACUCUGUUGGAAUCCUUUUGUUAUAGGAUAUGAUGAAAGCCAGAAGAUUCUGAUGUGGUGCUUAUGUUGUCUGUACAGCAGUGAACCACAGAACCCUGUGGAAUUGAAGGCCAACAGCUGGAUACGAAGUUUGCUCUGCCAUCUCCUUUCUUCUUCUAAAUGGGAAAGUAAUGAAGCUGGGACCAGUUCAUUUAUUUCAGCUCUUGGCUACACAUCAGCAGAUUAUUAUUCUCACUUGGUUAAAAAUAUGGUCUCAUCACUAGUGACAGAACUCAGAGGAAAUCAGUUUAAUGGACUUAACAUUCAAGGGAGAGUAUCAGCCAGUCGUUUGAAUGAGAUCUCCCUUUCCUGUGUCCCUCUGAUUACUUUGCCCGAUCUAACUCCAUUGCUGGAAACUCUGCUUCUGUGCCAUGGAAGUGCAUCACAGGAAGUUCUCAGUUCAGAGUUCCUUGAGGCUGUGAAUGAGGCCUUUCUAAAAAAGAAGAUCUCCCUCUCUGAAACAGCUAUCUUCAGUCUAUGGCUUCGUCACUUACCAAGCCUUGAAAAAGCUACUUUAUAUCUUUUAGACCAACUGGUUUCCAUUCAGAUGACUUCACUGGAGGAAGUAGCUUGUGUCAUAAAAGAUUCGUUAUUGCCACAAGCAGCGAUACAUCCUGCCAUUUUCAUAAUCAUUGAUGAAAUUUUCAAGAGUGCGCUACUGGAAACUGAUGGAGCUCCAGAAGUUAUGACCAUAAUACAGAUGUUUACACAGCUUUUUGUUCAGGCUCACCAGAAUGAAAACAAGCAGCAUAAGUUUCCACUAAAAGCCUACUUCUCUUGCUGUCACCAGCCUCUUGUAAUAGCUUUACUCCGACAACCUUCGGAAUUGCCAGCUAUGCAUUGCUGUCAGCACUUGAAAUACAUUUCGGAAAUGCUUAAGACGUUAGUAGAAGACGAAAGCAAUAAUAGCUCUUCUGCUGACCUUUUUGAAAUCUGGUUUUUGAUUGCUCGUUUUGGAGAAUGGCUGGAUGUGGCAGCAGAACAAUUGCUGAAGGCCCCUGCAGAACCAGACGCUUUGCUGUGGCUGCUGGCAUUUUACUACAGUCCUCAGAAUGGAAACCAGCAAAGGACUCAAACAAUGGUAGCAGCUGAAGGAAUCUACAAUCAACUUAUGAUGCUCUUCAAUCGUACAGCCCUCUCUGUCAAAGAUCUGCAGGAUGCUGUACACGAAGCAGACAUAAAGCAAAGCAGUGCUCAGCAUCUUACAACACAUCUUCUUAUCAACUUUUUACUUUUUUCUUCUGGUGGACAUAUGAUUGCCCAGGAAUAUAUUUCCCAUGUAAAUGAGCGAGACAAGGGAUGCAAGCAGGGAGGUUUGCAGCCUGCUGCUCCGCGCGGCCUACAGAGCUCGCCGCAGCCGGGAAGGGAACCGGAGGGCCACGGCGCUGCUGAAUGGUCUUCUCCAAAACCUGGCAUCGAAACUUCAGGUUUCAGUGUGAUCUGUUUGUCAAGCCAUGAUGAUUAA